AUGGAAGCAAUCCGUCUACUACUCUGCUAUCUGAUCUUCUCUGUAGCAUAUCAUUCAAUUUCCUCGGAGACAGACCCCAUUGAUGGUAAACUGCGGUACUUCUCUCGUUUAGAGAACAGUGGCAAAAUACUCCUCCAAGCUGGAGUACGUCAGCUGAUCCUUGUGGAGCUCCCUGGGAAGGUGUCACCUGCAGCAACUCGAGGGCAUCUUUCUUUUAAUCGGAAACUUUCAGGUUUACUCACUCCACAGAUUGGAGAUCUAAAGAAGCUAGAGACCUUAAUCCUACAGCAUUGUAGCUUCAUUGGUUGGAUUCCACGUUCUUUGGGUAACCUUGCAGAAUUGUCCUUUCUUUCUCUGAGUGGCAAUAACUUCACCGGAUAUAUUCCGGUAUCAACGCACUUCCUUCCAGGAUUGGACCUUCUUCAUAAUUUGAAACAGUUGAUUCUUAGUAGAAACAAACUAUCUGGGAAAAUCCCUGAAAAGCUUUUCCGUUCUAAUAUGGCAUUAACACAAGUAUUACUGGAUGAAAAUGAAUUGACUGGAGAAAUCCCUUCCACACUAGGACUAGUUCGGACACUUCAAUCUCUACAUCUGGGUGGGAAUUCUCUGAAUGGCAGUGUUCCAUCAAAUAUUAACUAUUUGACAAACCUUCUUGGCUUGAGUUUGAGGAACAAUGCAUUCAAUGGAAAAUUAGGCUUUGAUAGGAAUAUCAACCAUCAAAUUCAAUCUAUUGACUUGGGGAACAAUAGAAUAUCUUCUAUAUCUAUCGACUCAGAAUUCAACACUCUCCUCCUGCAAAAGCGACAAGUUUCUGUCGGUCUGAGUAACAACCUGCAAAACCUGGAGAAACUACAGCAAAGCUUCCAAAAUCCUCCAAUAUCUUUUGGAGGUUCUUCUUGCACUGCAGCUUCUUACAAAGCUUCAAGAUAUUGGCUCAUUACAUCCUCUUCGAUUUUGAAGAAAUCAAUGUUUUAG